AUGUCGGUGCGGGAGUUGAACCAGCACCUGCGGGGGCUCUCCAAGGAGGAGAUCCUGCAGCUGAAGCAGCGGCGGCGCACGCUGAAGAACCGCGGCUACGCGGCGAGCUGCCGCGUGAAGCGCGUCACGCAGAAGGAGGAGCUGGAGAAGCAGAAGGCGCAGCUGCAGCAGGAGGUGGACAAACUGGCCAACGAGAACGCGUCCAUGCGCGUGGAGCUGGACGCCCUCAGGUCCAAGUACGAGGCCCUGCAGACCUUCGCCCGGACUGUGGCGCGGAGCCCCGCCGUGGGCGUGGGCGUCAGGGCGGGGGGGGGCGGGGGCGGGGGGGGCGUGGCCUCCUCCGUCAUGGGGCCGCUCAUUCCGGGAAAGGUAGCCACGGCGACCAGCGUCAUCACGAUAAUUCCAACUGGCUUCCAUUACUACAUACUGUACUUCCUGGAUUUCUGA